GUAAUCACAUCUAUCUGCCGUCCCUUGCAGAAGAAGACAACACUACAAUUGGAGCAUCGUCCUCGUACCGCGCUCGCUAACUAUUUGCCUCUUUGGAUUUUGCAGCUCCGAUUCUUCCCAUGUCGUCCUUUCACACUCCCUUCCCCACUGUCCAAACCAACACUCACAUCAUUCGGAACAUUUCAAAGGCAUUUAAGGAAAAACCCAACAACAUAAUCAAAUCAAAACGGCUUUUGACGCUUUCUCUCACGGAGAGAUUGAGGAAGAAAUGAGAUAGAUGUCUCGUUUUGUUUUAGAAGUGAUCUCUCCAACGCCGCCUUAUGUGCUUGCAGAGCAGAGCGGCGAAGAAUCUAAUAUGUGUUCUUCACCGGGGUUAUUCUUUUUCCUUGGAAGUGUGGUUGGGUUCUUUAGUUUGUUGAUUAUCCUAUUUGUGCUCUGGAAGUUUGUCAAGUUUCCUCAUCUGAGAGCCUUAAUUGAUAGGGUAACAAAGCCACCAGCAAAAGAUGAUUUCUUUGGUGGGAAUCAUAGCACAAUCUCCCAUUUUGACUUCCACACUCUUAAGAAGGCUACCAAGAACUUUCACCCAAGUAACUUACUUGGAAGAGGUGGAUUUGGACCAGUUUUUCUGGGGAUGCUAGCAGAUGGGAGGCUGACUGCAGUGAAGAAGCUAUCAGCAGACAAAUCCCAGCAAGGAGAAUCCGAAUUCCUGGCUGAAGUGAAGCUCAUCACAAGCAUACAACACAAGAACCUCGUCCGCCUUCUUGGCUGUUGCUCAGAUGGAGCUCAAAGGCUGCUGCUCUAUGAAUACAUGAAGAACAGGAGUUUGGACCUUAUAAUAUAUGGAAAAAGUGAUGUGUCCCUGGAUUGGAACACUCGGUUUCAAAUAAUUCUUGGGGUUGCUCGAGGCUUACAGUACCUACAUGAGGAUUCACACAUUCGAAUUGUUCAUAGAGAUAUAAAAGCUAGCAACAUUCUUCUAGAUGACAAAUUUGUACCAAGGAUUGGAGAUUUUGGGUUAGCCAGGUUUUUCCCUGAAGAUCAAGCAUAUCUCAGCACUAACUUUGCUGGAACACUAGGUUAUACUGCCCCUGAAUACGCCAUUCGAGGAGAACUAUCCGAAAAAGCUGACAUCUAUAGUUUUGGAGUUUUGGUGCUUGAAAUUAUCAGCUGCAGGAAAAACACGGAUCUUACUUUGCCAUCAGAAAUGCAGUACCUCCCUGAAUAUGCAUGGAGGCUGUAUGAAAGGUCGAAAUUGAUGGAGCUAGUAGAUCCCAGAUUGCGGGGGGAGAAUUAUUGGAAUGAGGUUGUGGAGAAAGAUGUGGAGCAUACAAUUCUGGUGGCUUUCUUGUGUCUCCAGCCACAUGCAAAUGUAAGACCACCAAUGUCUGAAAUCGUGGCAAGGCUAACAUGCAAGGUGGAGGUGGGUGAAAUACCAAUGAGGCCGGCGUUUUUAGAUAGAAAACGACGGGUAGUGGAAGACAAGUUGUCGUCGUGGGAUACCAUAUCGGAGCCCUUCCCAUCUCCUCUUCAGAGCACUUCGCCUUCCCUCUCUCAACCUCCCUCCAAAUUAAAGUAGGCCGGCCUCGGGCCUCGGGCCACCUAUUAUAUUGUUCAGGUGAGUCCAGUCCUUCCCAUGAGUUCUGUGAACAGAUUUGGACCAUUGAAUACUCGAGAUUAAUGGUUUAGAUUUCGCCAACUGUGCAAUGUAUAACUGUUGUAACUGUGCACUUCACUUGCACAGUUGACGAAAUCUAUGACAUUAAUCUCAAACAUUUAACUGUUCACACGGACCCAUAAGAAGGGGUGGACUCAUUUUUGCAGAUUUCGUUUCUUUAGAAAAGCUAAGGCAUCAACUCGGAACAACAUAAGGAUUUAUAUAAAUUUAUUGUUUAUGCAUGCA